UUUUUCUAUACUAUUGUUAGAAAGAAGAGAACCAGACUAUUCUUAGAAAAGAAAAGCAGAUUUGACAGGGGAUGGAGAUUCUGAAUCCUGCCAAAGAAAGACAAAUUCCAUAAGGUGAAAGUAAUGGGUUCCAUAAAGAUCAAUCCAUUCUCCCAUACAUAAUUCUCCUUUCUUGUGAAGCUGUAGAUAAGGCUGAUAAGAACACUGUUCCACUGCUCGUCUCUAUAUCUGCUUUUCUAAUCCAUCCCAUCACCGUUUAACCAUUUUUCGUACAUUUGUUUUCGUGGUCUCUGUCUCCUCUCAUCCUGCAUCUGUUUUGAGGCUGUUGUGAUGGGAUCCGUGUUAAUGUUGCUUCAACUCGUAUUGACAUUCUUUCUCUUCUGGGGACUUGUGAAAAAUGGUGACGCUGGGAUCACGAGUUCUUUCAUUCGAACUGAGUGGCCAUCUGUUGAUAUCCCUCUUGAUAAUGAAGUAUUUGCUGUUCCUGAUGGACACAAUGCACCACAGCAAGUUCAUAUAACCCAAGGUGACUACAAUGGAGAGGCCGUGAUUAUCUCAUGGGUGACACCUGAUAAUCCAGGGUCCAGUAAAGUGCAAUACGGUGUGUCAAAAGCCAAAUAUGAUUUUACUGCAGAGGGGACAGUGACAAACUAUACCUUUUACAAGUACAAAUCUGGCUACAUUCAUCAUUGUCUCCUUGAUGGCCUUGAGUAUGACACCAAAUACUAUUACAAGAUUGGAGAUGGUGAUUCCUCUCGUGAAUUUUGGUUUCAAACACCUCCAAUGAUUAAUCCAGAUGCUGCUUAUAAAUUUGGUAUAAUUGGUGACCUGGGGCAGACGUAUAAUUCCCUUUCUACUCUUGAGCAUUAUAUGCAGAGUGAAGCCGAGGCAGUGUUAUUUGUUGGAGAUCUUUCUUAUGCAGAUAGAUAUAAGUAUAAUGAUGUUGGUGUACGGUGGGAUUCCUGGGCCCGUUUUGUUGAGCGAAGUGCAGCAUAUCAGCCAUGGAUGUGGUCUGCUGGAAAUCACGAGAUAGAAUACAUGCCUUACAUGGGGGAAGUCCUUCCUUUCAAAUCCUAUCUCCAUCGGUACCCCACCCCCCAUUCAGCCUCCAAAAGCAGCAGUCCUCUUUGGUAUGCUAUCAGACGUGCGUCUGCUCAUAUAAUUGUGCUAUCCAGCUAUUCUCCUUUUGUUAAAUACACGCCUCAGUAUAUAUGGCUCUACAACGAACUUGAAAAGGUUAACAGGGAGGAGACACCUUGGCUCAUUGUUCUCAUGCAUGUCCCAAUAUAUAACAGCAAUGAAGCACACUUCAAGGAGGGUGAAAGUAUGAGAUCAGUCUUUGAAGAGUGGUUUGUCCGAUACAAAGUUGACAUAAUUUUUGCUGGCCAUGUUCAUGCUUAUGAGAGAUCAUAUCGAAUAUCAAAUAUUCACUACAAUGUAUCCACUGGUAACUGUUAUCCUGUAGCAGACAAAUUUGCACCAGUUUACAUAACUGUUGGAGAUGGAGGAAAUCAAGAAGGUCUUGCUGCAAAGUUUAGAGAUCCACAGCCAGAUUAUUCUGCAUUCAGAGAAGCUAGUUACGGGCAUUCAACAUUGGAGAUAAAGAACAGGACCCAUGCAUUCUACCAGUGGAAUCGAAAUGAUGAUGGGAAACAGGUGGCUACCGAUGCGUUUGUCUUGCAUAAUCAGUAUUGGGCAAACAAUCUGAGACGGAGAAAACUGAAGAAGCAUCAUCUGAGGAGUGUUGCUGGUUGGAUUGCCACUCAGUGAUGAGAUUCAGGAGGCUAAAGCUGCAAAGGAUAACUGAAACUUGCCUUUGUACUCUACUCAGACCAAGUAAAUGGCUUUCCUGGAUAAUAAAUGACUGGUAAUUCGUUUAUUUUAA